AUGGCUGCUACGCCAACGCAAUACCAAACGCAAUAUACCCCUGCAGCCCCCCAACCGAUUACGCAGACACAGCAGACUCAACAGCAAACUGCUCCCGCACCUGGGCCAUCAAGGCGGCCGGAUGAGGAGGCGAAGAAGGACCGAACGCUGGCGGAAUUUCUGUUGAUGCUGGAUGACUACGAGCCCUUGAUCCCGAACGAAGUGACAGACUACUAUCUGCAGCGGGCAGGCUUCGAAUGCGAAGACGUCCGACUAAAGCGCCUGUUGUCUCUCGCAGCGCAGAAGUUUGUUUCUGACAUUGCUGCAGAUGCAUACCAGCAUGCUCGCAUACGGACAAACGCUACUGGAGGACGCUCACGAGCAGCACAAUCGGGCCCACAAGCGGCGCGGGACAAGACGAAAACGACGCUCAUGAUGGAAGAUCUGAGCUCUGCUCUCGCGGAGUAUGGCAUCACCUCGCGCAAGUCAGAGUUUUACAUGUAG